GGUGUCCCCCACCCACUCCAGACGACCAUGGGACCCUGCCACGGCCCCACGUGUCCAGCCACACCCCCUGAGCUGCCACUGCCACCAGGCCGGUGCUGAGCUGGAGGGGGGUCAGUGACUCAUCUCAUCCCCUAGGCAGGUAUCCUGCACCCCAACUACACCCUGUCACCCCCCUCAGCAGCAAAGGCCUGAGGCUUGAGGCCGCAGAGGAGCUUUGGACCUGUUGGGUGUCUCGAGGUGUGGGAUUAACUCACUGAGAUUGCACAGAGAUAAGGGUUUCAGGGGACAAAAAGGAACAUUUGUUUGAAAGAUGCUAGAGUGUCUCCACCCCCCACCAGACAGACUGACGGAGUGGACUGGGUACAGGCCACCCCACAUCCCUCUGGCUCUCUGAGCACCCCCUGCCCUCUGACCUGGGCCUCCAGAUCAUAGCCCUGUCCGAAAGCCAGAGCCCUCACACCACGCCCACACCAUGCCUGGCCAGUGUCCUGCCCAACCCUGCUCCCUACCACAUUCCCACCCUCACUGUGACCUGCCCACCAGCCCCCCCACCCACCAAGGCAGGCCCUGUAGAGGCACCAAGCAUUUGAGGCUCAGAGGUGAAGGUGAGGUUCUAGGUGGCUUUCCAGGAGAAGGGAGCUUGAGGCUGUGCCUGGGCUCAGGGAGGGAUCCCACAUCCCAGAGAAUCUGCAGAAGGCCAAAGAGGCAGGGUGGGUGAGCUGCAGGCCCCUAGCCCCGAGGCCUGUCAGAACUACCCUCAGCUGCCAGGCAUCCAGCCCCACCCCGGAGGAAAGGCAAGGGUUGGCAGGGGAUGGCGGGACUUGGGUUGAAGCAGCUGGGCCUGAGUGCUGCAGAGUGCAACUUGAUCAGAAGUCUAUCACGGUGGGUGCAGUCCCAGCCCAGCCGCCCCAGGGCAUCUCAGGGGCAUAAAGCCUACAGAGGAGACACCAGAGCUCUGCCCUGCUCCCGAGUCCCAAGGAGACCCUGAGCCACUUGCUGCACGAUGCUUCGGCCAGGCCCAGGUCCCCAUCCAGGCCAACUUUGAUGCCAGCCAGACCUGGGGACACAUUCUCUAAGUGCAGCACUUUGGUGCUUUGCCCCAGGUUCCUGUCCACACCCUCUUUGAUCCAGGCAGGCCUGGGGGCAGGGGAUCCCCCACACACCUGCUCUAUCUGUCUGGAGGGGGCGUGGCUGGGGAAGACUGCAGUCCGCCAUCCCAGCUUUUCCGUUGCAUCCCCCCAUCACUCCCCAGGGCCAAAAACUGGGACAAGUCACAGCUGCCUGCACCUCACGUCCCCCACCCCGACCCCACACAGACUUGUGACCUUGCCACAGCCCCACCCAUCCAGCUGUCCCCCGGGCUGCCGGCUGCAGACAGGCUGGUGCUGGGCUGGUGGGGGCCAGGUGCUCCUCUGCUGAGGCUCCCCCUCCCUCAGUUCUGCAUCAGGGUCGACGUGUGCACAGCAGCCCCCGUCCUGGCCAGGAAGCAGCUGUGUCAGGAUGGAACGUGGUGGGUAGAACAUGGUGGCUCAGGCCCAGGGCCCGGGGCCACCUCCCAGCCUUCCAUGCACUCACCCUGCAGUUCCAGGGCACCUGGUACAUGGUCAGGUGGUGUCAGAUGACCAGGACUUCCUGGACUCCAAGGACACUAUAAAGAUGCCUGUGGUCUUAGUGACCCCCUUGGUGAAUGGUGACCUGGCCCUCAAGUUUGGAUACCCCACGCCUGACGGCCGGUACCAGAAAAUGGACACGACCUUCACCAAGGGAGCCGUGGAGGGCACGGAUCUUGCCCUUCCAGCCAUGGCCUUGACUGACAUCCGGGCCUUCUCCGACUACCAGCACUUCGCCUUGCUAUACUUGGAGACGUGGAGAGGACUGCGUAAGCCG